GAGACAGGUCUCCAGCAGCACAGAGGUGUCUCCGCAAAAAGGCCUGGUGAUCUACUUCUAAAGAAAUCAGCCAUUGAAAACUUCGGUACACAUGGGGCCGCAUGAGUCGGAGGCUCCGGUCACUGGAUGUUUUGACCAGGAGCAGUUGGCUGGGGAGGAUGGCAGAAGCGGUUUUCCGGGCCCCGAAGAGGAAGAGGAAAGUGUAUGAGCAUUAUGAGUCUCCACUGCCGGUCCCCUUUGGGCAGGACCAGGGCCCUGGGAGAGGAUCCAGACUAUACCGGGCCGAGCUGAUGAGCAACAACAUCAUCGUGAGGGACGCAGAGGAUAUUAAGCAGCUCUAUGGGAAAGGUUAUUUUGGGAAAGGUAUUCUGUCAAGAAGCCGUCCAAACUUCACCAUUUCAGAUCCUAAGCUGGUUGCUAAAUGGAAAGCUAUGAGGACAAGCCUGCCCAUCAUCACUUCAAAGAAGUACCAGCGAGGUGUAGAGUGGGCUGCAGAGCUUCUGCGCAGGCAAGGGCAGGAGGAAAGCGCCGUGCGCAGCAUCCUCCAGGAUUACACCAAGCCGCUCGAUCACCCCUAUUUGCAAAGGUACCAAGAGGCUCAAGUGCAGGGUGAGCUCAACUCUGAAGUGGAUCCCAGUAUGGAAGACCCAACAGGGAGAGAGGAGCUUCCGGUGGUGAAUGGAGAUGUUGGAGAGCCGAGUGAUACAGAGGACCUGAGUCAGCCUUGUGCCUGCCCACAGGGGGGUUCUAGGCAGGAUGCCAUAGCUGCAAAUGACUCUGCUGGACUCCCUGAUAACACUGCCCCCCUGACCCCUGCACAGCUCAGCCACCAUGAGGACUCCAUCCCCCAGCGAGGCUCUCAGCUGGAGGAUGGCCAGUGUACAGGUCUCCUGUCUGCCGAUGAGUACGUGCUUGUGGAACACGUGGCUGCUGACGGGAGCCUGGGAGAGGCUGCACCGAGCAAGGAAAGACUCCUGUGCAGGAGAAACCCAUACAGGAUCUUUGAAUAUUUGCAGCUCAGCCUAGAAGAGGCAUUCUUCCUGGUCUAUGCUCUGGGCUGUCUAAACAUUUAUUAUGAGAAGGAGCCUCUAACAAUAAUGAGGCUCUGGAGCACUUUCACUGCAGUCCAGCCCUCAUUUAGGACCACGUACAUGGCCUACCAUUACUUUCGAAGCAAGGGCUGGGUGCCCAAGGUGGGACUCAAGUAUGGAACAGACCUACUGCUGUAUCGAAAAGGCCCUCCGUUUUACCAUGCCAGGUUUGAAGAACUGAUGCUGUGCUAUCUGAUCAAACCCUCCACCAUGACUGACCAAGAAAUGGAGUCACCGGAGUGUCUGAAAAGGAUGAGAGUUCAGGAGGUGAUUCUGAGUCGUUGGGUCUCUUCACGAGAGAGGAGCGACCAAGACGAACUCUAACGGCCCAGUUCACGUCCGACUUCAGUGACCAGUCCUUGUGAGUCUGCUACCACCUGCCAAGUUCAGGGCUAGGUCCAAAAGGCUAGUAUUGAAACUGCCCAUUAUUAAAACGUUUUCAAGGGCCUA